UCCUCCUCCCCCCUCUUCCUCUCCUCCUCCCCCCUCUCCUCCUCUCCACACGCCGAUCUGCGCAUCGCCUCCUCCGGCAUCAUGACCAACGAUUCCCCGGAGGAGGAGGCCCGGGCUCCGGCUGCAGGAGGAGGAGGCUCCGGGAGAGGCGUCGCGCGGAGGAGCCGAGCGGAUGACAACGUGACCAUCCUGACAUCCUCCAUGGACCUCCAGCGAGCCGGCCCCGGUCCCGGCCCCGGCCGGAGCCGCAGCCGGGCCGGCAGCGGCGGGUCGGCGGCGGCCGGAGGCAGCAUCGCCUCCUCUGUGGAGCUGAGCAGCUCCUCCCUGGAGCUCAGCAUCCAGACGCGGAUCUUUAAGAUCAUCGUCAUCGGGGACUCCAACGUGGGGAAGACCUGCCUCACCUUCCGCUUCACGGGGGGGAGCUUCCCGGACAAGACCGAGGCCACCAUCGGCGUGGAUUUCCGGGAGAAGGCGGUGGAGAUCGAGGGGGAGACGAUCAAGGUGCAGGUCUGGGACACAGCCGGCCAGGAGCGAUUCCGCAAAUCCAUGGUGGAACAUUAUUAUCGCAAUGUCCACGCAGUGGUCUUUGUGUACGACGUGACCAAGAUGACUUCCUUUCGCAACCUACAGACGUGGAUCGAGGAGUGCAAUGGCCAUCGAGUGUCGGCAUCAGUGCCCCGAGUCCUGGUCGGAAACAAGUGUGACCUGGUGGACCAAAUACAGGUUCCGUCCAACAUGGCGCUGAAGUUCGCCGACUCCCACAACAUGCUGCUGUUCGAGACGUCGGCCAAGGACCCGCGGGAGAGCCAGAACGUGGACUCCAUCUUCAUGUCCCUGGCCUGCCGGCUGAAGGCCCAGAAGUCCCUGCUGUACCGGGACGUAGAGAGGGAGGACGGCAGGGUGCGGCUCACGCAAGAGACCGAGACAAAGAGCAACUGUCCCUGCUGAGGGGACGGAGGAGGGGGAGGGGAGGAGGGGAGCUGUGCAUGAUGGGAAGGAGUGCAGAGAGACGAUGGAGGACGGAGGAGGAUCGGGGAGCUGGCGCUCACACUGCAGGAAGUGUCUCCUCAAGAAGCAGAGGAGGACUUCGACGAGAGACGAGUGCUUCUGCAGGAAGAGUCAUCGGUCAUCUCGCUCUGGAGGAAGACCUCAAGGAGAGGAAACUGAAAAAGAGGGAAUUUAUUAACAAUUCAAGCGUGUGAUGAAGUUGCCUUUUAGACUGCAAUAUACUUAAAAGAAUCAUCCACUCAUUUGAGCUUAAACACAAUCUGAAUAAAUAUCCUUUCUGGCCUGGCUUGGUAACACUGUCCAGCCUUGUUCUGACAGAAAGCAGCGGUCCCCAUCCUUUUCCCACUGCCUUAAAACGCCGCCUCCGUCUUAGCUUCAACGACCCACCGGGGCCUGAGUAGCAUAUCCGAGUCUUUGAACUGCCUGGUUGACCUUAUUCACUUAACCACUCCUGGGCGGACCGUUCCAGGGACUGGAUGAGACCUGUUUUUGUUUCAGUCUCUCACGAGAAGCAGAAUAACCUCGGUGUCAUGGUGACUCCGCAAAUCCACGGAAACCCUGAGCAGACACUUGGAAUUGAAUAAAGAUGAGACAGAGAUGAGAGCUGAAUGCGAAGAGGGGCUUAAAAACCUUUUCCUCUGUUUUAACACACAUGUUGAAACGUUGCAGCCGGAGAGGCAGGUGGUGAAUAUAACAGGAUGUUUUAGGUCAGAUCCUCGGCCUUCCAGCUCUUGGACAGGCAGAUGUCAUCUUGUCCUGGUCUCCUUGACAUGUCUGCCCCCGGCUGAAUGGCAUUGAGGCUGGUGUUAAAUUACACCCACCCGAUGCCUCUUUUCAAACAUAAAAAGCCAGUAUAUGAUAAAUACCGUAAUUAUGCAUUUGAACUGUGUGCAUGGUAGCUUCCCUGUAAACAACCUUGACAAGCAGGGUUCCUGGAGCUGCAGCAUCAGACAUGGUGUCACCUAUUGAUUUAGAAGCUGCAAGAUCCACUUACCACAAGGCUCCCCUUUCUUCUCUCACUCCCUCGCGUAAACAUACCUUCUCUGUGUUUCUCCCGUGGCAGAGUUGCUUGGCUGGCUUUCCCUGUACGAACGUUGAAACCCCCCUCUCUCAGCCUUACGCGACUCCAAAAUGGCGCCCAUUCACCUCAUCGAUUUCUCAAGGAGAAGAGGCCCUCCGUCGGCUGCCUUAGACCAUGAGCUGUCUGUAUCAGCAUCACUGCCUCCGUGGUGAAAGCAUAGGCGAGAGUACUGUGACCCUGUACAUGUAUAGACCUAUGAAUAUACUUCAAUCAGCCAUAACAUUAUGACCAGUUGAAGAUGAUGUGGAGAACACGGAUCAUCUCUUCGUUUUAGCUACACUUUGUCAGCAGCGGUGGCGUGUUAGAAGCAGAACAAUGGAUUAAAGUGAGUUUGAUAUGUGUAGGAUAGAUGAGUGGAUCAGAGCAUCACCAGAACUGGAGGUCAUGUGGUUUGUUCCUGGUGUGCAGUGAUCAAGGGUCCAAGGAGAGGAUAUUGAUAAACCAGAAACAGGGUCACGGGCGGCCAAGACUCACUAAUGCAGAUGCUUCUGCCGAGGAUCCAACUCAGAACGUCCAGGACUUACAGGAUCCAAUGAAAACUUAAUCCAAAUAAUGUGGACUCGAUGGGUCAGGGCCAUUUUUGCACCGAAAUGGGAAACAACGAUGUAAGGUCUUAAUGUUUUGAUUGAUCUUUGUACAUAAAGAUAGUAGACAGUCCUGUGUGGUGCCGUCCCGCCUGGCCUGGACCUGGAGUAUGACUGAACCGUAUGCCCGUCUUUAAGAAACGUCCAGGUUUACCCAAAGUUCUUGGUAAUAGAGGCUGCAUGAAAUACUAGAUAGUCAUAUGCAUUAUUUACUGUGUGGAGAGAGUCAAUCUGCCGUUUCACCGAGGCGGCUCCCAGCUGGGCUGCGAGAGGAAGAAUACGCUGCGCAUAACUCAGCGUCGAGGCUGGAAGCCUUUGUGUAAUAAGGCAUCAAUCCAGCAUCCCGGCUGCGGCGCUGUCACUUUGAUAGAGCGGCACACUUAACCACGUUUUAUCACUGCAGCCCCCUUUUGAGCCGCACUAUUAAUAUAUCUGGACACCAUAUGUGAAAGAAUAAAAAAAAUCGGAUGAGCAAGUACAUAAGAGGGGCUGACUGUCCGAAUGUCUGAUUACCUGAGUUCAAACUCUGGACAAACCCAGAGAGCCGUCUGAGGCGUUCAUAUCUGUUUGUGAUCCGUCUUCUUAGCAGGAGUGUAGCUCUGCGAAGGCAAGAAUCGGCCUGCUGUUCGACCUGAGUCGACUUACUGUACAAUAGCAGGAAGAUCUGUGGUCAUUUCAACUGUGGAGGCAAAUCUGGGAUUCAAGAGAUUUCUUUAAGUCCUGAAAAUUUACAAACUCAACGUCUGAGUUCAAGUGGAGCUUGAUAAGAAAACACAAAAACUGGGAAGCGCAACCUGUGAUCAACCUUCAAACUUGACUUGUAAUUUUAAUUUAUAAUUAGUAUUUAGAAAUUUGUUCAUCGACGGUUUGGUUGAUCACACACAGAGCUCCACCAUAAUGUUGAUAAUAUGAUGCACUGGAAAGGUAGAAACUGUUUUUUCUGAGGCGGUGAAGUCUUUCUGAGUUGGAACACAGCACUUCUCAACACGUUGUGAACACAUUCCCAUGAAAAAUCUAACAUUUUCAGCUUCAAUAUUUCCCAUAAAGCUCUCCGCCUGUCUUUCUAAUCAUUUCACAUCACUACUGUGCAGUUCACACAGGUUUACAGCUGACGUUUCCUUUUAUCUGUACGUUUUCUAACUCCUCGUGUUUUUUUUGCUCUUUUUUGCUGUUGUUGUUGUUGUUGUUUUUUUAUAUAAUCUGUUUGCUGUUAAAAUGAUGCCUUGAUAUUUUGAAAUUUAGUCGACAAGUUUUCUGUGCAAAAAGUCCAAGUGUGAAAUUAAUAAACAUGACAUUCACUC